AUGGGGCAUGCUGCAACAAAACCAGACAAAGUGAUCUUCAGGAUUUUUGCACAAAUUAGAAAAGAGAUCAAUUCGCGACUUUCAGCAGGAGGAGAAUCUUCAACGAUUGCUGAUGCGACGAGUCAUCAUGCAAUCCGCCAGGCGUCCCUGAAGGAAGCCUAUACAUCAACCACAAACAUGUGGAAAGGAGAUAUCUACAGCAAGAGUCUGCGCAACGUCAUUCGAAUUCUCCUUCGCAUCCACCUCGCCCCAAUCAAGAUGGCACGCAAUCGAGAGAUCAGACAAUGGAAGGCCAGGGCAAAGCAGAUGAAGCGAAAGCAGGGAAAUCCAAGCAAACGACGUAGAAAUCAGAAGCACCAGACGUCCCGCCUUAUGAACGAACUCGGAAUGGCCGUCAUCAACAAUCGGCCAACGUUUGUUGUGCAAAGGAUCGCAGAAAAAUUACAACAAUCAUUGGAUACGCCCUUCAUGAACCUAGAGGAAAUUCAGAACGAAGGCGAGCUGAAUGAGCUGGACAUGGCUAUUUAUACAGCGACAAAAAACAUACGAGCUCUUUUGGCCAUUGUGCGGAUGCUGGUCGAGUCAGGGAAGAUCAGACGAGGUAUCACAAGUGAUGAUAUUCAGUGUGCGGCAUUCAGAGGGACAGUAUUUACGGAGAGGGAAAAGGCCGUGUCCGCAAAGAUUGCCGAUUUCCUUCGACCUUUCGUCCAACAGCGCAUGGAUGACAAUAAACCUCAAGAACCCCACAUUCUGGCACGCGCGCCGCUAGCUGCACUUGCCAAUGCCAUUGUGACUGUUGCCGGGUUUCCUUCCCUCAUUCGAAAACUGUCGAUUACCUCAUCACAAGAUUCUCGUGCACUGCAUCUCACCGCUGCGGGUGUGUACGAUGCAUUUCACGGACAAUGGGAUAUUCCGGUUGACGAUAGGAACUGGAUCACCAACUCCUAUCAAGCCGGGAAAAACAAAUCUACCGCCUUCGGGGCCUUUUUCAACAUGAAUAAGAUAGAAUCGAAGAUAGAAUCGCUGAUGAAAUCUUACAAACUUGAAUUUGGCUGGAAGUUGAUCUUUGUCAAUAAGUGGACUGUGCGCUUGCUAGGGAAGGCAAUACCCGGCAAAAAAUUUAUCACGUCAAAUUAUGAAGCACGAAAAAAACGUGGUAAUUAUGUCGCUUACACACCAAUUACAGAUAAGACGCCAAUGAAACGCACUGACACGGAGACAGCGGCCGACAAACUUGCAGAAGUGAAAAGCUUGACCAGAACCCUGCGGUCACUGCGCCGAGAGCUUUCACCACUGGAGUUGGAUCGAAUAAAUAUCGGCCGGAAGGUCAGGCGAUCAUCGUGGGAUCCAGGCUCUGAAGACUACAGCGAACUAAAAAAAAUUAGGCAAGAAAUAGCAGCCAAGCGGCUCAAGAUCAUUAAUUUAGAGAAGACGCUCCAAAACACCACUGUUGCUGUUGCCACUAAUACUGUCACUGACAUCUCAGCGGCAAAAGAGGAUAAAAUAGAAUUGAUGGAUCUACUUCCGAUAAUCCUUGAGCAUCGCUCGUCGGGAAGAAAGGUUGUCUUCGCUGGAACGGAUCCUGGUAUUGUCACCACUUCCACGACAAUUUCGAGGACCCUUGAGGAGGUGUUUGCCGAUAUCAACCGCUUCCAUAUCCUUUCGACCGAGGACGGUUCUAAUGUGGAGACUACGUUGUAUUUGGAUGGUGUUCAACAACUUCCGAGGCCAAGCAAGAUUACCACCCGCCUAAUUGAUAACGCUACCUUCAAGAGGUGCCACCAGAAGAAACACCAAAGAAUGGAAGCAAGCAGUGUAAGUCCGGGAAUCAAGAAAAAAAAGUUGGCUAAGAACCGCCGGGAAAGAGAAGUCCGCACCAAGCAGGCGUACAGCAAGAUCACGGCACAAGAGCGGAAACAUAUUCGCGCACAUGCGCAACCUUCCCCCGGCGAUAAUUCAUUAAGAUUAGAGAGCAGCAUCGCAUCUAUGGGCAUGUUGGAAUCACCAAUGAAUACAACACCUCCAAAACGUGUCCAUACUGCUUUUCGAAAAUCGUUCUUCACCGGAGAAGGUUGUACACUUAAACGGCGCAAUCGAAUGUGUCAACCCUCGGUGCCUCUCAAGGACGAUAAACUGCCGACCAUCAGCCUCUCCCCUGUUAUCGCCGCAAUUCCAAACACUCAAGGUAUAACCUUGCCACCAACCUUUUUUACAAUCGUGACACCAGAACGGUUCCUCACGACUCCAUUCGAGAAGAAUGAAUAUG